CGGGCAGCGCCUCUCCUCGCACCACCGUCACUCACACAGCACCGGUACCGGAGAGAGAGGAGAGGAGAGGAGAGGAGAGGAUGUCGUGGUUCGGGCACCACCACCACAACCAGCCGGCUCCCCCGGCGUCGGGGCCGAACCAGGUGUUCAAGAUCUUCUGCCGCGCCAACGAGAACUACUGCCUGGCCGUCCGCGACGGCGCCGUGGUGCUGGCCCCGACCAACCCCAAGGACGAGCACCAGCACUGGUACAAGGACAUGCGCUUCAGCACCCGGGUCAAGGACGAGGAAGGGAUGCCGGCGUUCGCGCUCGUCAACAAGGCCACGGGGCUCGCCAUCAAGCACUCCCUCGGCCAGUCCCACCCGGUGAAGCUCGCGCCUUUCAACCCUGACCAGGAGGACGCGUCGGUGCUGUGGACGGAGAGCAAGGACGUGGGCAAGGGCUUCCGCUGCAUCCGCAUGGUCAACAACACCCGCCUCAACUUCGACGCCUUCCACGGCGACAAGGACCACGGUGGCGUGCACGACGGCACCGGCGUCGUGCUCUGGGAGUGGUGCAAGGGCGAGAACCAGAGCUGGAAGAUCCUGCCGUGGGGACCCGAGGCGAACGCCGCGGCGGGGGCCAACGGCGGCGUGCACACCGUGCGCGUCUUCUGCAAGGCCGGCGGCGAGGACUACUGCCUGACGGUGCGCAACGGGACGGCGUGCCUUGCGCCCACCAACCCGCGGGACGAGUACCAGCACUGGAUCAAGGACAUGCGGCACAGCACCCGGGUGCGGGACGAGGAAGGGUACCCGGCCUUCGCGCUGGUGAACAAGGUCACCGGGGAGGCGCUCAAGCACUCCACGGGGCAGGGCCACCCCGUGAAGCUGGUGCCCUACAACCCGGAGUACCAGGACGAGUCGGUGCUCUGGACCGAGAGCCGCGACGUCGGCAACGGAUUCCGCUGCGUCCGCAUGGUCAACAACAUCUACCUCAACUUCGACGCCUUCCAUGGCGACAAGGCACACGGCGGCGUCCACGACGGCACCGAGAUCGUGCUCUGGAAGUGGUGCGAGGGCGACAACCAGCGCUGGAAGAUCCUCCCAUGGUAGACCAAGGAUCUUCCAAAGGAGCUACUAGCUGCUACUCCUACCUAAUAAUAAUUCUGCUGGCUGCGGCGAUCCCCAAAUAAAAGAGACCGGGUGCGAUAGCGAUGCAUCGCGGACUUCCGAGUGGAGUGGUGUUUUCGUCAGACUGUCAGUCACUGUAUCUGUAUGGCUAGUGUUCCAACAUUUGUCAGCCCGUUUUCGAGCAAGGGGAGUGACAGAGUCAGGAGAAGGGCCGGGCCAUAAGCUGCUGCAUGUCUUAUGUCUGUACUCUGAAUGAACUCUGUAUGAGAUGAGAUCUCAUCUCCUUUCUCCUACCGAAUGAAUGAACCAUUUGGCUUUGCUUUGCUUCA